AUGUUGGCCAGACAAUUAGCUAAAUCUUCCGCCGCCAUUGGUAGAAGACACCUUCACAGAACAGGGGUUGCCUUUGCGAAGAAUGACACCUCCACUAUAGACUCGUACAAACUUCCAUCACAAACGUCCAUCAAUGAAUGGGAAUUCAAGUACGAUUUUGUCCCUAAGACCUCGUCGCCAAAGAUCCCUCCUGUGACCGAACAGGCCGUCAAGCAGGACAUUGCGCAAGAAAAGAGAGCCAAGGUGGAAAAGGAGAUGCUCGACAAGGAGUUGGCUACCUCCAUCAAGGUGGAGGCUAACCUGUCCACAGUUCUUCACGGGGGUGAGGUUGUUGGAGCAGAGCCGGAAUUCUUGCAAGACAGGGGAUCUGCGCCUAUUGAUGUUUCUAGACCGAACGCCAAGGGUACUCUGUCGUCCAAGCCGGCCAACAGAGACAAGUAUGUGCAGAGUUCGAUAAACCCGGGUAACUCGCCGGAUGUAAGUGUGUUGAGCCAGGGUGAGGUGGACCACAAGGUUGCCUCCACCGAGGGCCAAUCGCAAGUGUUGGACGACAUUGAGCAUACCGAGCAUGAAGAGAGCCAGAAGAAGGACGGCCAAGCCAAAUCUGGUGGUGUCAAUUGGUUGUUGCCUAUUGGGUUCGCCGGUUUAGGUUACUUUGGCUACGGCUACUACCAGGAUCAACAAAAGAAGUAA